AUGGCGACUGUCGUGCUACCUCAUGAACGUGAAGCAGAGGGCAUUCGUGAGGUGAGUGUGACGAUGACAAAAGCACGAGCUAAAGCACUGGUUCGUGAGCUGCUGAGUGCAUAUGCUGGCAAGACGUUCCAGACGAAGCUCAUGGAUAUUCUAUCCAAGGAAGAGUUGGACGGAACCCCUAUCACAGAUGAAUUGCCUUCCCGGUGGGCUUGGGCUGAGAAGUUCCACAACGACAUUCUCGCUCAGUAUGGCUUUGCCACUGGGCAUGGGAUGGGAACAUUGACCCAGCCGCUCGAAUUGAUCCUCAAGAGCUGUCCGGAAUGCAUGAGCAGCGUGCAGAAAAUCGGUGAAUUCUUGAAGCUGAAGAAUUGGCCAGUACAGAGUGCAGAUGCCAAACCUGAAGAAACAACGAGCAAAGCUCAUUCUGAUGGUGCCACAGCUAAGCCAGUGGCUCUGUCGAAGCCAAGAGCUUUGGCUCUUCAGACUGAGCUCCUGGCAAUUCUGUCAACACCAAGCUUUCAGAAAAAGCUUGGGGAGAUGUCCCGCCAGAGGCAGCCACUCGACACCUUCAAAGACCACAAAGAUGUGAUCUACAAGCUGUUCGACAAUGACAACAUGGAAACAAUUGCGAGGUAUGGCUUUGACAUCUCUGAGCAAGGCGUCGAGGACAUGUUCAAUGCCCUUGAGAAGCUGCAAGACGAUCCAGAUGUUUUUGUCAAUGCCUUUGCAAUUGAAGAAGCCCUGCUUACCUUUGAGAAGAACCCUGGACCAUGCGCAUUGUCGAGCAAGAAGGUUCCGAUAAGUGGUGUCCUCGGCGUCAAGCCCAAAACCAAAUUCAUCGUUGCAAAGCUGUUGCGCAAGCAGCUGGCUGGUUUUAGCACUCCUAGCUUUCAGCAUGCAGUCGCGAAGCUGAAGAAAAAGGCAAACGUGGAACAGGCAUGCGAUGGGUAUUAUCAUCUCACGGGACGUGCAGAAUUGGCCCUCACAGUGCAACGACGCAUUCUACCAACGUUUGGGUUUGCGGCAUCUCGUGCUGGAGUUCUUGAUAUGGUGCUUCACUGCACACGUUUCUUGAGUGACGAUGAGAUUGCGCAUCUCUGGGAUGACAUCAACAUGAAGCUCGGCAUGACACCUGAUGCCUGCAGGCGCUUUCGUGAGUCAGCAGCAGGCUUCAAAUCGCACCGCUCAAGUGAAAUUGGGCAAGUGGCCAUGGAGGAAAACAGUAGACUCAAAUUGGGCAAGUGGCCAUGGAGGAAAACAGUAGAGUCUAAUUCACAUUCAUGUUGA